UAUCCAGUGGCUGUAAGUAUUCAGUGACUUGUGUCACGUAGGGGAGAGCUGGUAUUUGUUGUCUGCUUGGGGAAUUUGCCGCGAUAAAUUGGGGCAAUGAUACAUAGCAAAAACUAAGGUGUUUAAGACCGUUUGUCAUUUGUACGAUCUCUAGCCAAGACGACGAUAACUUGGGAUAAGCGGUCCAGGUGUGUACAAGCCCGGAAUCGACACUUGAUAGACAAGGGCAGACAGUGCAAGGUUUGUAAGCACGAACUGGAGGUCAUGCCUUACGUCACUACAGCAUCUAACGUUACCAUGACAACGUGUCAGGAAACUUUUGUCGACAGAAGAUGGAACUGUUCAUCGAUUAUUCAGGCCCCAAACUACACCCCUGAUCUCACAUCAGGGACGAGAGAACAAGCCUUUGUGUAUGCCCUUUCCUCUGCUGCCUUGGGCCACACCGUCGCACGUGCCUGUAGUGCCGGGACGCUGCUCUUGUGCGGCUGCGGACAUGUACCAACUGGACCGCCACACGGGGAUUUCAAAUGGGGCGGCUGCGCAGAUAAUCUACAAUAUGGAAUAAAAUACUCCCGUUCUUUUUCUGAUGGCCCUUGGAUGAGAAAGAAAACGAAGAAGACUGUAGAUGGUGUCUUAAACAGACAUAACAACAGAGCAGGAAGGAGGGCGUUGCGCGCUAAUUUGAUGACCCAGUGUAAAUGUCAUGGUGUAUCCGGUUCUUGCAACAUUAAGACAUGCUGGAAAGGUUUGCCAAGGAUUCAGACUAUUGCGGAUUAUUUAAAACAAAAGUACUAUGUGGCUAUAGAGGUUAUAGAUCAUAGGGUGAGGAGGAAUCCAGAGCUACUUCCAGUCAAUAGUCAGCUCGGAAUGUAUCAAAAUGAUGACCUCAUUUAUACAACAAAGUCUCCUGACUACUGCAUGCCGAAUCCAAAAGUCGGUUCUCUUGGUACAUUGGGCAGGAGGUGUAACGCCACUUCCGAUGGGACUGACAGCUGUGACUCCAUGUGCUGUGGCCGAGGUUAUAGAAGAUAUACAGUGGAAAAAGUAGAACGGUAUGACUAUUUGGGAUACUUGACGUUUGGCCUGACUAAGAGCAUUAGUACGAAAUAUCACCUAACAGUAAAAAAAGAGAAUUUACUGACAGUGUUUCGCCUUGUUUUGUGUGUCUAUUGGUAUUGUCGAAGAGAUUUCAUUCAACUCUUAACCCUAAUAAAUUCAUAAGCCAGUGUAUUAUUGUAUUCACCAUCUGUGAGCAUAAAUCGUGUUUUUCUAUUGUUAUUAAAUACAUGCCCCUAAAUGAAAGUUGCGUCAUGAAAAUUUUGUAAUUGUUGUCUCUGAGCUGAGUUGAUACUUAGAUAUAAAACUAUUGCAUGACUGACCCCGCCAACUUCAGCUGUUUUCUAAGAUACUACAACGUGGAAGAAGAUUUAAGUCUACUAUAUAACAAAGCAAGAAAACAGUUGGGCGUAUUUCUUACAUUUUAUUCGUUAAUUUUAGAUUAAAUUGAGCCAUCUUUGUUUUCAGAACAGGUAUUUGGAGAAAAGUACAAAUGUAUUACAUAUAGCAACAAAUAUUAUUUCUAGUUGACCUAGAGUUACCUACAAACAUCUCUAGCUUAGACAGCUGUAUUUCUGGUUCAAUUUAUUUUUAUUUGUAGUUUUGUUAACUUAGAUACUCUAGAAACGAGCCGUGAAAUGAGUAAGGACUUUAUCGCAAUUAAUUUACUGCAUGUUGAGUAAAUGCACAUUUUGAAAGAAAAAAAAUGCACGUGGAUAGGGAUACGUAAAUCAAAAAAGAUUUGAUUUGAAGUUCAAUAUAUCGUUCCCUGUAAAUACUGCUUUCUUACAAAACUGUACUAUCAAAACACUAAAAUUUGUUUCUUCAAGUCACAUAUCUUGAACGCAUUAUCUAAUCUGAUAAAUAAAAAUAAACUGGAAAUUUAAUUAUAUGUUUAGGUUAGUUUCAGAAAUUAACUAUGCUUGGGUAUGAUGCAGGUUGUGACCUUUACGUUUCAAUAUUCAACAUGAAUUUCAUUACACAACAAAUGUCUUUGUUUGCUUGUUUGUUUAUACAAAUUACAACUAACGUUUCAGGUUGAUAAUAGCUUAUGGGAUAUUUUGUACAAAGCAAUCAAAAUCUUUGAAAAGUAAUAAAGUAAGAAUAUUUGAAAUCCAGUUUGACCCAAAGAAUUUCAAAACACACAUUGAAAUAUGGAUAAUGGACAGCUCUAAAGUUAGUAUAGGAGUAACCGACUGAGAACAAAAAUAUAGAAUCUGUAAAAGUAUUCAUAUUCACUAUAUUUCGGUUAGAAAAUAAAGGUUCUGCUCACGUGUGCUGGAAACACCAAACCUCUUUUACUUCGCUCGAAUUGUUUGUGAGUCUUCGCCAGUGUUCAAGUAAUCAUAACAAAAAGAAGAUACAGCGUGAAUAUUGUGGAAUAUAUUUUAAGUUAUUUGAAAUAAGUGAAUAAGUUCCAGUGUUUUUACAAAGCCUUACCAUUGUGUUUGUUCCUUAAGAUACAAUAUCAUUGGGAAGUCAGCUCUGACAUAUAAAUAUUGUAAAAUUACAUGAGUUACUGUUAACUUGUCAUAAAGUCUUUAUUUUGCUAGGUAUCCAUAUUCAUGUUGUCCUAGUAUGACCGAAUAGGAAACCUAAUGGAGAAGACUGUUUUACAAAACGAAGAUAAAAACAAUCGCGUUUUCAUAUGCUUUGCAUAUACACAAUAGGGACAUUUUACAUAGACUUAGUUUAUCCGGAUAUGUCUGUGCAGAGUUUGAUGACUAACUUGUAUAUCUUUCAAUAUCAACACAGCUGUGAGGAUUACAGCGUUCUUACACUUGUAUAGAAAUGGAAGCUUUCUGAAUGCUCCUUUAUUUAACUUACGUAAAUAUAUAUUUAUUUAUUUAUGUAUC